AUGCAAGUGGCACAAGCUUCUCUCAUUCUCUUCCUUCGCUACAUUAAGCUUUUCCCUUUUCACACGGAAGAAAAUAUGACAAACCCAGAGAUAAUUGGGACUUUUUCGAGCUGUAGAGGUGUUUCCUUUGAGAUCAAACCUCAUUUUGAGCCAUUUGCAAUCAAAACACCCCCCAUAGAACAAACCCAAGGUAGCAAAAGGUUUUGGCUUCCAGGGGAGAGCCUUACCAAAGUAGUCCCAUCAACAAAUAGCAUUCAAAGUUCCUUGAGCCGGACCAGUAGCCAUUUUUGUGAUCUUGACCUCGACAUGGACGACGAUGAAGAUACCGAUAGUUUGGUGGACAUAGAAGAAGGCCAUGAGGUCCAUAACGAUGAGGAACUGGAGACAAUAUCACUUCCACAAUCUCUAAGCAAACGUGAACAGGCUUCAAAGACUACCAAACCAAAAGAGUCGAGACUAUCGAUUAUAUUGCUUGAUCAAGGCUUAUUCACAGUCUACAAGCGACUCUUUGUCGUUUGUUUAACUUUGAACAUAACUGGGUUGAUUCUUGCAGCUACUGAGCACUUUCCUUAUGCAAGGCGAAAAGCCGCACUUUUCUCUAUAGGCAACAUUCUUGCUCUGACACUCUGUCGGAGCGAGGCCUUCUUGCGAAUUGUUUUCUGGCUCGCAGUGAACAUCUUAGGGUGGUCAUGGGUGCCCCUUCGGCUUAAAACCACCACCACCUCUCUCCUACAAUCCCUUGGUGGGAUACAUAGUGGUUGUGGUGUUUCUUCAAUCGCAUGGCUAACAUAUGCUAUAGUCCUCACUCUGAAAGAUAGAGAAGACACUUCACCUGAGAUCAUUGUUGUUGCCUCCACCAUUCUCUCUCUUCUCGUCCUCUCUUCUUUGGCAGCAUUCCCUCUUGUUCGCCAUCUCCAUCACAAUGUAUUCGAAAGGACUCACCGGUUCGCCGGAUGGUCAGCUCUCAUUCUUCUCUGGGUCUUUGUCAUCUUCACAAUCUGUUACGACCCGAAAACCAAAUCCUGCACCAAUCAAAUUGGGUCUAAGUUGAUUAAUCAUCAAGAGUUCUGGCUCACAGUAGCCAUUACAGUUCUGAUAAUUAUUCCAUGGAUCACAGUUAGACGUGUUCCUGUUAAAGUCUCUUCCCCUUCUGGCCAUGCCUCAAUUAUCAAGUUUGAGGGAGGUGUUAAAGCUGGAAUACUUGGUAGAAUUAGUCCUUCACCAUUCUCAGAAUGGCAUGCCUUUGGAAUCAUUUCUGAUGGGAAAAGAGAACAUAUGAUUUUGGCCGGAGCAGUAGGUGAUUUUACAAUGUCAUUGGUGUUGAACCCGCCGGAGAAUUUAUGGGUCCGGCGGGUUCACUUUUCCGGCCUGCCUUAUCUAGUGAACAUGUAUGACAGGGUUGUGUUGGUGGCAACAGGAUCAGGUAUAUGUGUUUUUCUGUCAUUUCUCUUGCAACCAUGCUCAGCUGAUGUUUGUUUGGUUUGGGUGGCAAAAGGGAUCGAACAAAACUUUGGGAAGGAAAUUAAAGAGAUGAUGAGUGGACAUCCUAAGGAGAAGGUCAUUGUCCACGACACCGCGGUGCUUGGUCGGCCUGACGUGUCAAAAAUGGCCGUCGAUGCUGCAAGGAGGUGGAGAGCUGAAGUAGCCAUUGUUACUAGUAAUCCACAAGGGAGUAGGGAUGUGGUCAAUGCAUGUAAGGCUGCUGGAAUUCCUGCCUUUGGUCCCAUUUGGGACUCUUAA